AUGUCCAUUCUCAUCAUCUCCCGGGGCAAGUGCGGCCUGACGGGGUGCAUCACCUACUACCUGUUGAGCAUGGCGGUGGCGGAUCUCCUGGUCGUGUUGACCAACGUCAUCGUCAACCGGAUAUUGGGCGUCUACUUCCCAGCCAGCUUUCUGAGCGUCACUCCAGUGUGCGCCGUCAAGACGGUCGCCCUGUACGUCGCCAAAGACUGUUCCGUCUGGCUGACCGUCGCCUUCACCUUUGACCGAUACGUCGCCAUCUGUUGUCCGAACUUCCGGAACAAGUACUGUACCCGGCGCCGGGCGGCGCUGGUGAUAGGUCUGGUGUGUGCGGGGUGCCUCUUCCGGAACAUCCCCUGGUAUUUUGCAUUUGAACAUUUAGUUUUAAUCGACAAUGUCCCUUGGUACUGCAUGUUCGUAUCUAACUACUUCACAUCAAGAUCUUGGAUAGCGUUUUCAUUCUCCAAUCUCGUUGUCUCCCUCUUCCUCCCAUUGGGGUUGACCCUACUUUUCAACGCACUGACUAUAAGAUACAUUUUACUGUCCAGUCGGAUCAGAAGACGACUCCGGGGCCAAAAGAGUUCGGGACACGAGAGUGACUCCGAGAUACAAAACAGGAAGCAAUCGGUCGUGUUACUUCUGGCCAUAUCCGCCAAUUUAAUAAUCUUGUGGUUGACGUUCGUCGCCCAUUACAUUUUUGCUCGGUCGAUCGGAAAGUACUUCUAUACGACAUCCGAUCCUUUGUUUUACUUUAGCGAGACUGGUUAUCUGCUCCUCUUACUCAGCUGUUCCACGAACACACUCAUCUAUGCCGCGGUGCAGUCCAAGUUCAGAGAGGAGAUUAAAUAUCUCGUGUUGUAUCAUUUCAGGCGAGCCGCAGAAUUAAUCAAAUCACAACGUUAG